GUGUUUCGUUUCGUUUUGUUUAGUUUUGCCCUUUCUUCAAGCCAAGCUCUUCCUUUCUCUUUCUUUGUUCCUUUCUUCUUUUCACUCUCUUCCUUCCACCAUGAUUACAGAGAUGCGGCGUUGGUAAUAUAGGGUUUGUGCUAAAGGAAUAAGAGUUUCUGCUCAUCGGGAAAUUCUAACGGGAUAUUGGCUUUUUGAGCUUGAUUUACGGUUUCCGUUUUGAGAUUAUUGUAGUUUGUGUACGCUAGGAUGAUUCGAGUAAGCGUAAAAUGGCAAAAAGAGCUCUUCAAAGAUGUAGAAAUUGACACUACCCAGUCCCCUUAUGUUUUCAAGUGCCAAUUGUAUGAUUUGACUGGCGUGCCUCCCGAAAGACAAAAGAUUAUGGUUAAGGGUGGUCUUUUAAAGGAUGAUGCUGAUUGGUUGACUUUAGGAGUGAAAGAGGGUCAAAAGUUAAUGAUGAUGGGAACGGCUGAUGAAGCUGUGAAGUCUCCAGAGAAGGGAACUGUUUUUGUUGAAGAUCUUCCUGAAGAAGAACAAGUAGUUGCUGUUGGACAUACUGCAGGCCUUUUCAAUUUGGGAAAUACGUGUUAUAUGAACUCAACAUUGCAAUGCCUCCAUUCUGUGCCAGAGUUGAAGUCAGCUUUGAUUAAGUACUCACAUUCAGGACGAAAUAAUGAUGUUGAUCAGUCUUCUCAUAUGUUGACCAUUGCAACCCGUGAUUUGUUCAAUGAGCUUGAUAAAAGUGUCAAGCCUGUGGCGCCAAUGCAAUUUUGGAUGGUAUUACGGAAAAAAUAUCCUCAGUUUGGCCAGCUGCAUAAUGGUGUUUUCAUGCAACAGGAUGCUGAAGAAUGUUGGACUCAACUUCUAUACACACUUUCUCAGUCCCUCAGAGCCCCUGGAACUAGUGAAAAUCCCGAUGCUGUGAAGGCACUCUUUGGCAUAGAACUUAUUAGCAGGAUUCACUGUCAAGAGAGUAACGAAGAAAGCUCAGAAACAGAAUCUGUUUAUUCACUUAAGUGCCACAUAUCACAGGAGGUUAACCAUUUGCAUGAAGGACUAAAACAAGGGUUAAAAUCAGAGUUGGAGAAGGCUUCCCCUGCUCUGGGCCGUAGUGCUACCUACUUGAAGGAAUCAUGCAUCAAUGCCCUGCCAAGGUACUUGACUAUUCAGUUUGUCCGUUUUUUUUGGAAGAGGGAAUCCAACCAAAAGGCUAAGAUUUUGCGGAAAGUAGAUUAUCCUCUGGAGUUGGAUGUUUAUGAUUUUUGUUCAGACGAACUUCGUAAAAAAUUGGAAGCUCCUAGACAGAUCCUAAGAAAUGAAGAAGGCAAAAGACUUGGUCUGAAAGUGAAUGAGAAAAGUUCUGUUCUGAAGGAAAAUGAUGUAAAAAUGUCUGAUGCUGAGGGAUCAUCGAAUGGAGGGGAGCCAUCUGUAGUUCCCAUGGAGGAGGGUGAAAAAGAAACACAGAUGACUGGAAUUUAUGAUUUGGUUGCUGUAUUAACCCACAAGGGUAGAAGUGCUGAUUCAGGACAUUAUGUUGGUUGGGUCAAGCAAGAAAAUGGGAAAUGGAUAGAGUUUGAUGAUGACAAUCCCAAACCAAAAGUAGAAGAAGACAUCACUAGACUAUCUGGAGGAGGUGAUUGGCAUAUGGCGUAUAUAAUCAUGUACAAGGCUCGUGUUGUAUCUGUAUAAUUCUUACGAAGAGCCCAUUUGGUGUUUUACCUCAGAUUGAAGGAUUGUGGAAAAGAAUGGUGUCCGGGUCAGUUUAUUGUACUCUUGAGGUUUGAUGCAUGUCAGUAUCUAUUUGUUUUAGGUAUUGUAUUUUUUUUAAGGAUGUAUAAGAAUUUGAAUUGAAGUAUGCUACCUUGGAUUCUCCUCCCUUUCCUCGACUGGGUCCAAGGCAAGAGGCAGUUGACUAUCAAGUUACAUUUCUAUGAUGAAGCCUAAUCUAUUUCAAUGAAUGAAACGCAAGAGCAAUGCCAUUAAUGAAAUCCUUAGUGAACAGAUAAUUAAGAGUUGCUCCAUUGUUUAUGACAUACAGGCUGAAAACCUGACACCAACUUAUUCAUUUUGAUUAUGUUACUUGAAUCACUUUU